CGUACUGUGAGCGUCGGCCGGGCCGGGACCCUCAGUUUAUGACACUUGGAACUUCGACAGUUGGAGGUUUAUGCACUUUGGGACCGGCCAAGAGUGUGCAGAGUUCAAAGUACUAAGAGACAAGAUCAAAAUGGCUUCCAGAGGAAAGACAGAGACAAGCAAACUAAAGCAGAAUUUAGAAGAACAGUUGGAUAGACUAAUGCAGCAAUUACAAGAUCUGGAGGAAUGCAGAGAGGAACUUGAUACAGAUGAAUAUGAAGAAACCAAAAAGGAAACUCUGGAGCAACUAAGUGAAUUUAAUGAUUCACUGAAGAAAAUUAUGUCUGGAAAUAUGACUUUGGUAGAUGAGCUAAGUGGAAUGCAACUGGCUAUCCAGGCAGCUAUCAGCCAGGCCUUUAAAACCCCAGAGGUCAUCAGGUUAUUUGCAAAGAAACAACCAGGUCAGCUUCGGACAAAGUUAGCAGAGAUGGAUAGAGAUCUCAUGGUAGGAAAGCUGGACAGAGGCCUGUACACUCAGCAGAAAGUGGAGAUACUAACAGCUCUCAGGAAACUUGGAGAGAAGCUGACUGCAGAUGAUGAGGACUUCUUGUCAGCAAAUGCAGGUGCUAUACUCAGCCAGUUUGAGAAAGUCUCUACAGACCUUGGCUCCGGAGACAAAGUUCUUGCAUUGGCAAGUUUUGAGGUUGAAAAAACAAAAAAAUGACAUGGUGUGGAGGAUUGGAACAUUGGUCACAUUCUUGCUAUAAAUGGCGUUUGUCUUCUAGGGAUUUUGAAUCAUUGCAAAGCAAUCAAGAGAUUCUUGAAAUGCAUUGAUAACCUAAGAAAAGGUGACAGAAAAACAUACUUGUGGCUUCUGGUUAUACCCUUCAUCAUUGUGCUUUGUGUAGGGCUCCUGCCUGAGUCAUCCUAGACUUGUUGGGAUGAGGGACCCACUGGACCUUAUUCAUUAUGUCUUGUGUGUUUGAGAGAGAGAAGAGAAAACAGUUUCUCUGCCUGUUUUUUUUAAGCCUCCUUGUUUUUAAGUGCUGAUAGAAAAUGAAAAGAUGUGAACUAAUGAUUCUUUUCUGUUCAUAAUUUAUCCCCAUUUAUUGGAGUGAAUAGUGUACUAACAUCAAUAGACCUCAUGUGUGUUCAUAGAAUUUUAGAGUUCUAAGUGAUCUUAGAAAUCAUUUCCAUUUUAUAAGCAAGGAAACUGAGGCUCAGAAAGAGCAAGUUAACUUGCUUAAUGUCACAUCCAAGACAGAGCUGGUGAUAAGACUUGGGUGUCCUGACUCUCAACUUUGUGUCCAUUGAGUUUUAUUUCUGUAUUUUGUGCUGUUUUUAAAAACUAAUUAACACAUAUUUGGGCAAGUCUGUGUUUAUGAAAAAUUCGGUGUCCCAACAGAACGUUGUCUCUAAGGGCCCAUUCCUCAGCCUGUAAGGCCUCCGUAUGAAUGGGGCCCAUUGUAUCUCUGAGUUUUGAGCUUAGAACAAUGGGAGCCCUGUUGAGAGUCUCCUGGAGUAACUUAACCUCCUGCCAUUGUUCCACCAGGGAGGCAAUUGAAAGUGGCAGCUGGAGGCCCUCCCUGUGUGUGACCUCUUUGCUGAACCCCAGAGGGUGGUGACUGUAAACUAUUAUUUACUCUUCAGUCUUUAGAGAAACACAAAAUAAGUUAUGAGGAAAAGCAUACUAUUGAGUGUUUAUGUUUCUCUGCAUGCUUAAAUAUAUAGAUUUCCCCAUGCAGGUGUAUGUUAGCUUAUAUUCUAGGCUCUGGCCACUUUAUAUUUUUUCAUGUAUUUCUCAGUUUUCUUUUUCUUUGCACUUUAUACAAAUUAAAAACAUUUUUAAAGCUUCUUGUAUACUGUAAACUCUACUAGGUGCUCUGCCAACUGGACAAAUUAGGGACCUCAGCUUCAUUAAUGCCUUAUUUGGAACUUUUAAUGGGUAACUUUUUAUAUAUGGGUUUACGAUGGUCAAAAACUCAUUGAAAUUGUGACAAACCAAGAAGAAGCAAAUGACCUGCUAUUCAUCUAGGACUUUAUGGUCAAUCAUCAUUUCAUUAUCCUGCAUUUUUGCUUGUUUGUUUUAUUAAGUAAUCUCUACACCCAAUGUGGAGCUUGAACUCAUGAUCCCGAGAUGAAGAGUCGCAUGCUCCACUGACUGAGCCCUCCAGGCACCCCUAUUCUACAUUUUUUUUUUCAAUCAAGGUGAAACUCUCAUACCAUGAAAUUCACCAUUUUAAAGUGUACAAUUCAGGGUGUUUAAUAGAUUCACAAUGUUGUGCAACCAUCACCAUCUUGUUCCAAAACAUUUUCACCACCCCAAAGGAGACCCCAUGCCCAUUAAGCAGUCACUCCAUGCCCUCCUCUUUAUCCCAGCCCUCCAGCAACCACUAAUCUGCUUUCUGUUUCUAUCUCUGGGUUUACCUGUUCUGG